AUCCUUCUCCUUCCUCCACCGAGGGCGGUCGGUUCUGACGACUCCCUCUCCCCGCUCCGCAAUUCCUCAUACCAACGAGCAAGGCAGCCAAGAUGGACAUUGUGAAUCAGUUGGUUGCGGGAGGACAGUUCAGAGUCCUCAAAGUUCCCCUGGGCUUCAUCAAAGCUCUAGAAUGGAUCUUUGCCAUCUUUGCAUUCUCAACAUGUGGGAGUUACUCCGGGAUGUUCAAGAUGAGUGUGGAGUGUAAAAACAGGACCGAGAGUGACCUGAGUAUAGGGGUGGAAUUUGAGUAUCCUUUCAGGCUUCACCAAGUAUACUUUGACGCCCCGACCUGCAAGGGGGGUCCACCCGAGCGUCUCUUCCUGGUUGGUGACUACUCUUCCUCAGCAGAGUUCUUCGUCACCAUCGGUGUGUUUGCCUUCCUCUACUCCAUGGCUGCGCUCAGCGUCUAUGUCUUCGCCCUGGAGAAGUACCGGGAGAACAACAAGGGACCACUCAUCGAUUUUGGCGUGACGUGUGUGUUCACCUUCAUGUGGUUGGUCAGCUCAGCUGCGUGGGCUAAGGGCCUGUCGGAUGUCAAGGCGUCCACGGACCCUGAGAAGGUGGUGGAUCUGAUCUCAGCCUGCGACGAGGAGGGGAACCUCUGUCGUGAAGUUCACGAUCCCGUCAUGUCUGGACUCAACACCUCCGUCUGUUUUGGCUUCAUGAACCUGGUCUUGUGGGGAGGAAACCUGUGGUUCGUCUUUAAGGAGACCGGCAUCAUCGCCCCCUUCAUGCGCGCCCCUCCUCCCCAGGAGAAGCAGCCCGCCCCAGACUCGUACGGCCAGCAGGCGGGGUACGAGCAGGACCCUUACGCCAGCGCCCAGGGGGACUACAAGCCAGAAUACAACCAGCAGCAGCAGGGCUACAACCAGGAGGGCGGAGAGUAUGGACACACACCCACCUCCUUCGCCAAUCAGAUGUGAGGGGGAGGAGGAAAUAGGAAGUGUGGAGGUGGCUGACGGCUGGAGAGUCACAUUAUAUUGUUUUCACAUGGUUAUUUUAUUAUAAUUAUUUGACUUUCAUAUAUUUUAUUAGACAGCCUUACUGAUAUUAUGAGGAAUUAUUAUGAGAUGUUAUGAAGAAUAUUUUAUAUAUUAUAUUAUUAUAUAUUCAUAUAUAUAUAUAUAUAUUGAUUUAUUUUUUUACUUUAAACUGAGUUUAUUUGGUUUUCAUUUAAAGCUUUAGCAAUUACAUUCACACAGAAUGAGUUUAUUAUCGCAUAAUAUAUAUAUACUGUAUGUGAAUCCAAAUAGGAUUCUCCAUGAUUUAGUUUUGUUCACUACCUCCACGUGUUUAGUUCCACUCAGUCAGGAGCAACAGGAUGAUCAGGAGCGUUGGUGGCGUUGCAGCUCAUCUCCUUAAACUCUCAAAUUCACAAUCUGGACCUACAGGCCAGUGCCACUGCUUUUUUCUCUCUGUCCCAUUGUUCCCCUGUAAUCAGACACUGAUUUAGACCUGGGACACCAGUGGAUGCAAGUAGUUAUCAGGUAGAACAGUACCGCUGGAAACUACAGUACCCACAAUGCCACACUCCUUCCUGUGUGUCUGUUUGCACAGCGGACCUCGUAGGGUCAGAUUUAAAACACCCCUCUCUCUUAAUGUUUCCUGUCUUCUUUUCCUCUCCACAGAGAGUCAGCAGAGUGACGGGGGGAGGAGUGUGGUGCCUGGAAACUACAGUACCCACAAUGCCGCACUCCUUCCUGUGUGUCUGUUUGCGCAUCUAUCUGUGUGCUGAGUAAAUGGGGGACAGGGGGAGAGUUACCUAAACAAAAAUAAGUGAGGGAACAGGGAGGGGGAGAGAUUAGAUGUUAGUUAUUGUGGUGAAAAAAAGAGAGUACAUGUGAAUAUAAACUUGAACAUAUGAAAAAUGUUAUUAUAAAAAAUACAUCUAUUUAAAAAUGGAUUAUAAUGUUGACAAUAGUAAUAUUAGAUUGUUGAGAGAAUGUAUUCGUAUGUGCUGUAUAGAUAUCACUAUGAACAACUAUAUAGACAAACAUUUUUUAAUGUUAACUAUUCUAAUGUUCAGAUUCUGAGUUUAGUAAAUGAAUCAUUUAUAAACAAUAAUUCUCCCAAACACUAAUUCCUCCUCUGUGCAACAAUAUGUACUUUAAAAAUAGAUGUGUUUUAUACAAUUCUAUUUUAUUCAUCUGCUUGUUCUGUUGUGUCUCUUGGUUUUGUACAUCGGUUGGAUUUACAGAACAUCAAGGCAGUUUCAUUAUAUAGGCUAUCUCUCACUCUAUCUCUCACAGUGAAAUAAAUCAAACAGUAGACCAAUACCUUUCUUUCCUCAGUCUAAAGCUAUAAGAACUGUGUUGAACAUGUAAAUUCCAUGCAUCCCACUAGGAAUACAGUAAAUUCCAUGCAUCCCACUAGGAAUACAGUAAAUUCCAUGCAUCCCACUAGGAAUACAGUAAAUUCCAUGCAUCCCAGUAGGAAUACAGUAAAUUCCAUGCAUCCCACUAGGAACACAGUAAAUUCCAUGCAUCCCAGUAGGAAUACAGUAAAUUCCAUGCAUCCCAGUAGGAAUACAGUAAAUUCCAUGCAUCCCAGUAGGAAUACAGUCAAUUCCAUGCAUCCCACUAGGAACACAGUAAAUUCCAUGCAUCCCACUAGGAAUACAGUAAAUUCCAUACAUCCCAAUAGGAAUACAGUAAAUUCCAUGCAUCCCAGUAGGAAUACAGUAAAUUCCAUGCAUCCCACUAGGAAUACAGUAAAUUCCAUGCAUCCCAGUAGGAAUACAGUAAAUUCCAUUCAUCCCAGCAGGAAUACAGUAAAUUCCAUGCAUCCCACUAGGAAUACAGUAAAUUCCAUACAUCCCACUAGGAAUGCAGUAAAUUCCAUGCAUCCCAGUAGGAUUACAGUAAAUUCCAUGCAUCCCAGUAGGAAUACAGUCAUUUCCAUGCAUCCCAGUAGGAAUACAGUCAAUUCCAUGCAUCCCAGUAGGAAUACAAUAAAUUGCAUGCAUCCCAGUAGGAAUACAGUCAAUUCCAUGCAUCCCAGUAGGAAUACAGUAAAAAUCCAUGCAUCUCAGUAGGAAUACAGUAAAUUCCAUGCAUCCCAGUAGGAAUACAGUAAAUUCCAUGCAUCCCAGUAGGAAUACAGUAAAUUCCAUGCAUCCCAGUAGGAAUACAGUAAAUUCCAUGCAUCCCAGUAGGAAUACAGUAAAUUCCAUGCAUCCCAGUAGGAAUACAGUAAAUUCCAUGCAUCCCAGUAGGAAUACAGUAAAUUCCAUGCAUCCCAGUAGGAAUACAGUAAAUUCCAUGCAUCCCAGUAGGAAUACAGUAAAUUCCAUGCAUCCCAGUAGGAAUACAGUAUGAGCUACUAGAGAAGCAUGGUUGAAUGUUCCGUCUAGUACUAUGCCCCUCCUGUUAAAUUGGUAUUUUAUGCAAGUUGGUUGGUUAUGAGUGUGACCCAGACUGAGAUAAUCAGCUGUGCGUUGAGAUGACGUUUGGGCAGAUGGCUAUGUUAAUUUCUAUCCCAUAGCAAUACAGUACACCUCUCUCUCUCUCUCUCUCUCUCUCUCUCUCUCUCUCUCUCUCUCUCUCUCUCUCUCUCUCUCUCUCUCUCCCUCCCCUCUCUCCCUCCCCCCUCUCUCCCUCCCUCUCUCUCCCCCUCUCUCUCUCCCCCCUCUCUCUCUCUCUCUCUCUCUCUCGCUGUCUCUCUCUCUCCCUCACCCUCUCUCCAUCUCCCCAUCUCUCUCUCUCUCUCUCUCUCUCCCUCCCCCUCUCUCCCCCUCUCUCCCUCCCUCUCUCUCCCCCUCUCUCCCUCCCUCUCUCUCCCCCUCUCUCUCUCCCCCUCUCCCUUUCUCUCUCUCUCCCUCUCUCUUUAUCUUUCUCUCUCUCUCACAAUGCUCUGCCCCAAGUAACUGUCUAUUUUCUUAAAUAUGUUAUUCUGACACUCUGUUGUUGGUGUUUGUGUUGUGUCCUGUGUUACUCUCAAUGCCUUUUGGGUUGUGCUGUAUUUCUUGUAUAUUAUAUAUAUUUAGCGUCGGUGAUGAUGAUGAUGAUGAUGAUGAUGAAGAUGACUAUGGAGAAAACAACAGGUAAUCAUCAAAUGUUGUUGUUUUCUUCUAUGGAAUCAAACUUUCAAUAAAGAGGCUGUUGUCAUGGGAA